AUGAAUUGUCACCAGCCAGGAUCUGAGGAGGUCCCCCAAAAAGGAUUUGGGGACCUCAACUCACCACCCAGCCCAAUGCAGGGGGCUCACAGACCCUCAUCACAGAAGCAGCAUUUGACGAUACAUGGGUUCCAGAACUUCCAUGGACUGUGCUCCCUUAGUCCGCUUAGGUCUGAUCAACGUGAGGGACACAAUUCUUCAGAGACACUCUGCAUCUUUGUCUACAAGGACCUCCCUGACACCCAAGUUCACACAGCUCGGAAACACUAUGUUUCUGAGUUGUUUUACUUUGGCCUUUACUCUUUGACAAAGGAUCCAGAUGACGUGGAACCCACUGAAGACAAUAUCUGGAAAAUGGCAGUCAUGGGAAUAACUCUGGCUGUCAUCCUGACUCUCCUGGGACUUGCCAUUAUUGCCAUUUUGUUAACAAGAUGGACACGACGCAAACAGAAUGAAAUAGAUGCUUCCAGAUACAGUUCAGAACAAAGUGCUAGGCUUCUGGACUAUGAAGAUGGCGCAGAUUCAUCAUAUAAGAGAUCUAAAAGAACAAGAGGGCUCCGGCACUCAUAUUCAACAGAAAGUGCACCAUCAGUCAGCUCCAUAGGACCAUCUCAUUCAAGUCUCGUAAUGUCUCGAUCAAGUGUUGAUGAUGUACCGUAUUUAAAAGCAGCUCAACCUCUCUCUAGCACUCCAGGAUCUAUCAGUGGAGCUAUUGGACCUAUAAUGCAAUUCUCAGCACCUAUCCCUGGAGCUACUGGACCUAUCAAGCUCUCCCAGAAAACCAUUGUGCAAACUCCAGGGCCUAUUGUACAAUACACGGGACACAAAGCUCAAGCUUCAGAAAUGACCACUACCGGAGCCAGCAUGGGACCGCCGCCUGGUACAUUCACUCAAGCAACUCCACUUACCAUCGCCGGUUCAACUUCAACACCCAGCAGCGAUUUAUCUACAGUACCCAAAACAAAACCUGAAAAGCCUACAAACACAUCAGCCUGGUUGCCUAGGGGAAAGUCCCUGGACCUUGGGCAGAAAGUGCCACGUGCUCACACACGUAGACCCUCCCCGCGCUUCACACUUAGCCUGCUAAGCAGCAAACCCGGUCUCUGGGACUGUGGAGCUGAGCCACGUGUUGCGGGACGUCAUCAGUCAGCUGUCAUAGUGAUGCAGGCAGUGCAUGCUUCGGUGCGCACCAACCACAUGGGGCUCAUUCUCAGCGCAGCUGAGUUAAAAAAAAAAAAGAUAAGUCGGACAGACUUAUCUUCUUGA